UAUGAAUUAUGAUGAUGCAAUGAAUAGAGACUCAUUGGGUGAAAAUAAAAUAAAAAUCGUAACGUACGUGGCUGCUUUUUAACGUGUAUAACAUAAGCCAAAGAGAGUCGUGUUGUAUUGUGCUUAAGUGAAGUGAGGUAGAAGCUAAGAGAUAGAGAUAGAGAGAGAUGAGGAUGAGAGGAUCUGAUCAGAAGAUUCUUCUAUUGAUGGUUAUGAUGGUUGUAGCCGCGGCUCAAGGUGAAGAUACUAGUGGGUUCGUGACAUGGAACAACAAUUACUACUUAACAUGGGGACAUCAAGCUUUGGUUCUUAAUGAAACCUCUGAGCUCCACCUCACCCUCGAUCAUAACUCUGGGUCCGGCUUUGAAUCCUAUUUGAUAUACGGAUCAGGAUCUUUCAACUUCAGAAUCAAGGCACCCAAAACCAAGUCUACGGGAGUCAUCACUUCCUUCUACUUAAUCUCCAAAUCAAGCCGCCAUGACGAGCUCUGUUUCCAGAUCUUGGGAAAUGGGCAAACGUAUUUGCUGAAUACAAAUAUGUUUCUCUACGGUGAAGGAGACAAAGAUCAGAGGUUUCGUCUCUGGUUUGAUCCAACCAAAGAUUAUCAUUCCUAUAGGUUUCUUUGGAACCCACAUCAGCUUGUGUUUUAUGUAGACGACACACCGAUCCGGGUGUACAGGAAGAAUCCAGACGCUUACUACCCAUCGGUACAGACGAUGUUCAUACGUGGGAGUGUGCAAAACGAAUCGAUAAUUGACUCCACGCAAAGGCCUUACAUUGCUAAGUUCCAGUCACCAAAGAUCGAAGGGUGUGAAACCACGUUCAUGGGCUUAGAGAAAUGCACGGAUCCUAAGUUCUGGUGGAACCGCAAAGAGAAUUGGCAACUAAGCUCUAGCGAGAGGAAACUGUAUAUGAACGCAAGGAAGGUGUACCUGGUUUACGACUAUUGCUCUGACAGAAAGCGACAUCCAAAGGUUCCUCGAGAAUGCAGAAGUUACGGUUAGAGAAUAGAUCAAUUAACUGUCAAAGAGUUAGCCU